UGUUCAUGUGACUUGCAUUUUCUUCGUGGUAAAAUCACUACAAAAACGAUAAAAAAAGAAGAGAUGUUGAAGGUCACAUAAAUAAAACACAAUAAUAGAUUAUCGCGUUUUAUGUUUUUAUGUAAAUUUUUUUUUCUUUUCAUUUAAACAAUUGUAAACGAUUAUUAUUCGACGAAGGUUAAUAUGAAUUGCAAAUGGGUGUGAGUCGAAAAUUUGUGGUUUUCUAGCAUGGAUUCGAGUACUAUCGCUGGGUUUUUCCUUCGUUUGCGAGAUCAUCGUCAAGGCGAAAUUCCCACUUAAUCCUCGGAACCUGUUACACUUUUAUAUACAUAUAGCAGACGUCGCUCAGAACGCAUCAGAACAUAUUAACACGGUUUACGUACAACAUCUCUUACAUUGUUUUUUUGUCAAAAUUUUAAAUUCCGAAAAUGAAACUUCUAAUCGUUUUAUUACCAUUAAUAACUAUAUCAUUGGCUCAACGACCAUCAUACGCAGGAACGAGACCGAUUGGAAAACCAGAAUUAGCGAGCAGAUUCCGCGAUCCAAAUGAAGAAACUUCCACAAUCACUUUAGGAAGUCGUCUUGGAGAAAACAGUGGGACUACAUCAAGAAUACCGGUUGAUGCACGGGGAGACAACGAAUUGGUGGAUAGACUCAAUGAGUGGCCCCGCGAGAAUCGCCCAUUUUGGUUGUUAAACUUCGAGCAAAUUGAAAACCAGAGGAAUCAAAGACCAACUGCUCCGCCAGUUCAAUCGCGCUUUGCAGAAUCCGAAACGAUCCCUGUUAGGCCAGAACUUCCCGUUCCAUCGUUUUUAAGUAAUCAAAGACAAAGGACUUAAGAAGAUAGAAAAAAGUAAUCAAAGACAAAGGACUUAAGAAGAUAGAAAAAAAGUUGUAUGUGGACUAUUUUAGUGUUAUUGUGAUAAAUUUGUAAUGUUUCUUUUGAUUUUAUAAAUUUGUAAGUAAGAAUUAA